AUGGGAGUUGGUGGAACUUUGGAUUACUUGUCUGAUCUAAUGAGCAGUGGUCACCAGCACCUCAAGAAGAAGAAGAAGCAGUUACAAACUGUAGAGCUUAAGGUUAGAAUGGACUGUGAUGGCUGUGAGCUUAAGGUCAAGAAAACCCUUUCUUCUCUAAGUGGGGUAAAAUCGGUAGAGAUUAACCGUAAACAGCAGAAAGUAACAGUAACUGGGUUUGUGGAGCCAAACAAGGUGCUAAAGAAGGCUAAGUCAACGGGGAAGAAGGCUGAAAUUUGGCCUUAUGUACCUUACAACUUGGUGGCUCAACCAUAUGCUGUUUCUUCUUAUGACAAGAGGGCUCCUCCUGGUUAUGUGAGGAGAGUGGAGAAUGCUCCAACCACUGGAACCAUGACAAGAUAUGAAGAUCCUUAUGUCAAUAUGUUCAGUGAUGAAAACCCAAAUGCAUGUUCUAUCAUGUAA